UUCCGCUGGCGCAUCGAUGUGAGGAAUAAGACGCGUCUCAAGUACAACCGCUUGCGCGGUCUCGGCUCGAUCAGAAUCACUGGCAUCACGGGGGGUCCUGACCUGCUAGAUCAGCGCAUUCAGCAAAAAGGCGAGAAGCACGCGUCAACAGCCCCACAUCGCCGCGGCAGCCAAACCUCAGAGCUGGAGCAAAAUCGGAAAGAACUGCAGAAUCAAGUCGUCCUCUACCACCACGGGGAUCCAAGCGCCAGCCGCCAAAGAGAAGCCUUCAAACUGCACCAACCCCUCCUGCGCGCACUCAGGAUGCACGACCGCAGCGUGAGGGGAAUCCUCGUGACCACCACGAGUCCCUGGCCAAACAUUGGCACACACUGAGGGCGAUGAGACGGUACCCAACUCUUGGUUUGAGUCAGAGAAGCAGUGGAGCAAGCAGAAGCACCAGCCACAAGUAAUGCGACUCGAACUCCGACACCUGCACGAGAGAACAGCACGACAAGGGCUGGCCGAAUGUCAUGAAGACUAGUAUGUGGAUGAGAUGUAGUAGGAGCCACAGGCAGAACGCCGCCAACCAGCAGCCGAAGCAGGCCAGCGACCUCUUGGGCUCGAAGCUGGCCAUGCCGGAGAAAAUGGCGAGAGCCCCGAAGCGCUCGGCCGAGCCUCGGCUAGGUGGAGAAGCCCAGGUGUCACGCCACCCCACCAGCACGGCGCAACAAAACCUUUGGACCGCGAUGCGAGCCGCCGCAGCCCGCGACCCAGCCCAGCCGCUCAGGCCGCCCCGCUGGAGGGGUCGCCUGCCCUCUGCUGCGACGCCGCCUGCAGCUGCUCCACCGAGUGGGCCGCCUGCGCGUGCGCCAGCCCUCGCGUGACGGUGUCCCGGCAGCGCCCGGCGAUGCCGAGGAGAUGAUGCAGCUGCGCGUUCGCCCUGAGGUGGACGAGAAUGUCGGUGGGCGCGCCCUCCUCCGCGAGCCGGCGCACCUCCCCCAACACCUGGAUGUAGGCCGCCCUGCGCUGUGGGCACACGGCCGCCCACCCAUACGGAGACCUCCUGUUUGUCGAGGGCGGCGGCGGCGUCUCUUUGGCAGGAGUCGGCCGCGCUCACAUGCCGUCGACUCCCAUGGAGUCCGCACAGCCUAAUCAUGGUGCCCAUGGGCGCUGAGCUUGAUCAUGGUGCCCAAACUCCCAUGGCGUCCGCACAGCUUGCAGCAACAAAACAUGGCCACACCUGACAACGUCG